AUGCUCUUAAGUUUUUGCUAUGCAGCUAUAACGCCAACAAGUCCGUUGUCAAUAGGUGAAACUCUCAGCUCCUCUAAUGGAGUUUAUGAAUUGGGGUUCUUCAGUCCUAAUAACUCGCAGAAUCUGUAUGUUGGAAUCUGGUUUAAAGGUAUCACUCCAAGGGCGGUUGUGUGGGUGGCCAAUAGAGAGAAACCUGUUACAGACUCCAAGGCAAAUCUAACUACCAGCAUCAACGGAAGUCUUGUCUUACUUAGUGGCAAACAAGGCGUUGUCUGGUCCAUUGGACAGACUUCCGCAUCUAAUGGGUCUCGUGCAGAGCUUUUAGACACUGGAGAUCUUAUUGUCAUUGACGAAGUUUCAGGAAGACCUCUAUGGCGAAGCUUUGAGCAUCUUGGUGAUACUAUGCUACCUUCCUCCUCGGUGAUGUACAACCUUGCCACCGGUGAGAAGCGUGUGUUGACUUGUUGGAAAAGUGACACUGAUCCAUCGCCUGGCGAAUUUGUGGGUCAGAUUACAACACAAGUGCCAUCACAGCUACUUACUACGAGAGGCUCAAAGCGAUAUUGGAGAAGCGGUCCAUGGGCUAGAACAAGGUUCACCGGGAUACCUCAGAUGGAUCAAUCAUACACAAACCCAUUCAGCCUUCAGCAGGAUGCAAGCUCAGCUUAUUUCUCUCAUUCACAAAGUAACACCAUCAAAUAUGCAACUUUGACACCAGAGGGAUCGGCGAAUAUUUAUCACCGUAAUGGGACAGACUGGUUAUUGAGCUUUGUGGCUCCAGCUAACGCAUGCGAUCUUUACGGUGUAUGUGGACCUUUUGGAUUGUGUGUUGUGUCAGCGUCUCCACAGUGUAAAUGCCUCAAAGGGUUUGUGCCACAAUACAAUGAGGAAUGGAACAGAGGAAACUGGACUGGUGGUUGCGUGAGGCGUACGGAACUACUUUGUCAAGGAAACUCUACUGGCAAAGAUGUAAACGUCUUCCAUACUGUUGCCAACAUAAAGCCUCCAGACUUUUACGAAUUUGCAGCGAGUCCUGAGACUGCUGAAGAUUGCCACCAAAGCUGCCUUCACAAUUGUUCUUGCUUGGCCUUUGCUUAUAUUAAUGGAGUAGGGUGCUUAAUCUGGAACCAGGAGCUGAUGGAUGUAGUGCAGUUUUCUAUGAGAGGAGAGCUUCUUUCCAUUCGUCUUGCAAGUUCUGAACUGGAUGGAAACAACCGCAAGAAGACUUUGUUUACUGUUGGUAUUGUGAGCCUUUCUCUUUUCGUGAUAUUGGGUUCUGCUGCACUUGGUUUGUGGAGAUACAGAGUGAAACGUAACGCUUUUAAAUCAAAGAUAAAGGUUGCUUCACCAGGCUCAUUGAGUAAUGAUCUGACACCCCAAGAUGUCCCAGGUUUAGAUUUCUUUGAGAUGAAUACUAUUGAAACUGCCACAAACUAUUUCAGUCUGUCAAAUAAACUCGGACAAGGUGGAUUUGGUUCAGUUUAUAAGGGAAAGCUGCAAGAUGGGAAAGAAAUAGCUGUAAAACGCCUCUCUAGCAGCUCCGGACAGGGGAAAGAGGAGUUCAUGAAUGAAAUAGUACUCAUCUCAAAACUCCAACACAGAAACUUAGUCCGGAUUUUGGGAUGUUGCAUUGAAGGAGAAGAGAAGCUAUUGGUUUAUGAGUUUAUGGAGAACAAAAGCCUUGAUACCUUUCUCUUCGAUUCAAGAAAAAGGUUCGAGAUCGAUUGGCCAAAGAGAUUUGAUAUCAUUCAAGGCAUUGCACGUGGACUUCUUUAUCUCCACCGUGACUCACGCCUCAGGGUCAUUCACCGAGAUCUCAAGGUCAGCAAUAUUCUUCUAGACGAGAAUAUGAUCCCAAAAAUAUCAGAUUUCGGAUUGGCUCGGAUGUUUGAAGGAACUCAAAAUCAGGACAACACUCGCAGGAUUGUAGGAACUCUAGGAUAUAUGUCUCCAGAGUAUGCAUGGACAGGGAUGUUCUCUGAGAAAUCUGACAUCUACAGCUUCGGAGUUCUUCUCUUAGAAAUCAUUAGCGGAAAGAAGAUCUCAAGCUAUUGCGAAGACAGUACAACCCUUCUUGCAUAUGCGUGGGAAUCUUGGUGUGAAAACGGAGGAAUUGAUUUUCUGGACAAAGGUGUUGCUGAUUCAUGUGACUCGUUACAAGUUGGUAGAUGUGUUCAGAUUGGUCUGCUUUGUGUUCAACACCAACCUGUAGAGAGACCCAACACACUUGAGUUGUUGUCUAUGCUCACCACAACAUCAGAUCUUCCACCUCCCAAACAACCCAUAUUUGCAGUGCACACUAGAUGUGAUGAAUCCACGUCUAAGGACUUGAUCACUGUCAAUGAGAUAACACAGUCUGUGAUCCAGGGGCGUUAA